GCAGGUCAACAUACCAGUUUAAUGGGUUGAUAUGUAUGACGUCGUCUUUGGAGAUAUAACAAACAGAAAAGAGAAAGCACAGUAGCAGACUGCACUGCUGAUCACACUCUACUGAUUUCCUCUGGAAAAGCUACAACACUUCUCCUCCAAAGAACAGAAAUGUUAUAUUAGAGCUCUAAACCUCUGAUGCGUCUGUAGAGAAAAGUACAAGUUUCAUCAGCAGAUCUCCUGAGAGUGAAAUGUAUUUUUGAGGCUGAGCUACUAAUCGCAGAAGUGCCUUCAGAGGGAAGCAAACAUCCUGAAAGCUUUAGUAGAUGGUCUAAACACAGCAGCAAGAAGAAGUGCUUGGAAGAAACGUCCUUUUUUGCUUUCCUUAUUACAAGAAAUCCUGACUGGAACAGCACAACCAAGAUGAUCUGUAGAUUGAAGAUUUUUGUUUUUGCUGCAGCUCUUUUCUCCCUGAAUUUUGAACUCUGUUUUUGCAAGUGUUCCCGGUCUAAAUAUGAGAACGAUGGAGAAUGUUGUGCCAAGUGUGAACCUGGAUCCCAUGUUCAUGAGCACUGCACUGAGAAUUCAGGCACUAGCUGUGCUCCGUGUCCUGCAUCAACUUUCACAGUUGAACACAACGGACUCACAGAAUGCACGAAAUGUACAGUGUGUGAUCCUGGUCAAGGCUUAAGAGUAAAGACUCCCUGCACUCAAUCAUCAGAUACAGUCUGUGAACCACUAGAUGGACAUUACUGUACUGAUGAACAAAACGACGGCUGUGUACGAGCUGUGGAACACAAAAAAUGCAGACCUGGACAAUAUAUAAAGCAUAAAGGAACAUCAUCUGAAGAUACUGAAUGCGAUGGAUGUAAAGACGGCACCUACUCAGACGGCUCUCUUCAAACUUGUAAGCCACAUUCAAAAUGUGAAGAUGACGGCCGUACAGAAAUAAAGCCAGGAACACAUUCUUCUGAUACCGAAUGUAAAAGCAACACUCCAGUUGCUUUAAUAGUUGGAGUCACAGUUUCUCUUUUUGUUCUUCUUCUUGUUGUCAUUGUUGUUGUGAUUGUUGUAAUAGUAAGGUACUGCAGAAACAGACGUAAGACUGGUAGUGUUGAAGCCUCUGUACCUCCGACACAAUCUAAAGCAGUGAACAUCCUUUUUUGGCAAGAGGUUAAGUGGCACAUUCAACAGUACAUUACAGCAACCUCUAAAGGUGAUGUGGAAAAGAUGCCAGAGUAAAGAGUCUGGCAGUAAUGGAGAGCACUUCCCAAUGUGUUCUGCUGAAUCUAUGUGGAAGAUAACAACCACACUGGGGACAAAGUCAUCUGAUCUGACAAUGGAUGGGGGAUUCUCAUUUUCUCUUCUUGAUCACAUUUUCAUUGCAAGUCUUAACAAUGUUAGAAAUUAUAUUACUGGUGUUUUCUUGGUGAAAUAUGUAAUAUGGCCAAA